ACACUGAGCGCCGGGGGGUGUUGUCGAUUUACUAAUCGAGAAACUGAAUAUUUAUUUUAGCAACAGCUGUAUAAUAUGGCCAAGAAGCGGAGAGAUGUACGAGAUAUGGACAAUAUGUCCUCUUUAGCGAAGGCGGAAGUGAAGUCCAGCGACUGCGACUCUCGGCUUUUGAAAGAGCCUCAACAAAGUAUAGGAGGAUCAACACGUAUGUCUCUGCUGAUCCUGGCGUCAAUAUUCGCCUGCUCUGCCUCAGUCAUGUACCUGGUCUAUAGAAACUUCCCAGAACUUCAAGAGGAUGAAAUGGAAAAAAUCAAGAUACCUAAAGACAUGGAUGAUGCCAAAGCUUUAGGAACAGUGUUGUCCAAAUACAAGGACACCUACUACACAGAGGUGUUGGUGGCUUACUUUGCAACCUAUGUUUUCCUCCAGACGUUUGCCAUACCUGGAUCUAUUUUCCUAAGCAUCCUGUCUGGCUACCUUUACCCUUUCCAUCUGGCUCUUUUCUUAGUCUGCUUGUGCUCUGGCCUUGGAGCUUCCUUCUGCUACAUGUUGUCAUAUCUGGUGGGCAGACCUGUGGUCUACAAAUACCUCACAGAGCGAGCACAGAAAUGGUCCCAACAGGUUGACAAACACAGAGAUCAUUUAAUCAAUUACAUCAUCUUCCUGAGGAUAACCCCCUUUCUUCCUAACUGGUUCAUUAACAUCACCUCGCCUGUCAUCAAUGUGCCUUUGGGGGUGUUCUUUGUCGGCACCUUGCUCGGAGUGGCGCCACCGUCCUUUGUGGCGAUCAAUGCUGGAACAACGCUGUACAAGCUCACCACCGCCGGCGAGGCUGUGUCCUGGAACUCCCUGGCUGUGCUCGGGAUCCUCGCCGUGCUCUCCAUCUUGCCCGUCUGCUUCCAGAAGAAGUUGCAGCAGAAACUAGAGUAGAACUCUUCCGACAAAUUCAGCAUCUCAUUCGCUGGCUGGUCCUGAUGUCCGGUUUUGCUCGGUUCAGGAACGUCGUAGCGGCUGCUUCUGUUUCAGUCAGACUGGCAGCUGCUUGCGUGCUGUUGGCGAAGAAGUCUUAACACGCACUGACCACAAAAUGCAUGCUUUGGUGGCUUUUUCCUCAUGUUAACAAAAAUUUCAACUUGUCUGCUUCUAUGCAGAUUUUUUCUUUUUCUUUCUGACUCCUGUUGCUUAUUCUGGCAAAUCUUCUAAAAGAGAAAUUGGAUUGUAUUUGUUUUUAUUUAAGGCACUGGUAUUUUAAUUGUGUCUUGACGAGUAAAGGUGCUACUACUAGUAGGAUAUAUUGAUGGUUUCGCUGCAGCUGAUGCUGUCUGCAUCAGUGCCACUAGUGUCUUAUUGAGGCGUAGUAAAACAUUCAUCUUUAAAGUUAGUGGAACAAUGGUCGCCUAUUUAAGCUGAAUAACACCUUCCAAUGGUAGCAUCUUUAAAUCCCCAACCUUCCUUAAUAUUUAUUUAUUUUUUUGUGUAUCUAAAUUAUCUAUAUCACAAACACAAUGCUUUGUCACAUCUUUCUGAUUUUUUUUUUUUUUUUUUUUGAAUAUGAUGUGAUCAGUAAGAAAAUGGAUGUACUGCUUUAACUAAAGUCAGGUUUGGCUUCUCUGCCUCAAAGGUUGUCCUUUGACCUCAGUGUAUCUUUUUAAAGGUUAAUGAUUCUCUUACUGGGAGAACUUCCAAUGAUUGAUCCUUUUCUGUCAGUAUUUUUAACUUAUUAAGAGAAAAUACAGUCCAUCAGAGUGGAGAUGUACUCAGAGGUUGGAAAGCCAUCUGUUGCUUUUACUGGUUCCAGUUCAUCAUCGUGAUGAUGUAUCCGUCUGUAUUUACGUUAUGUAAUCCUGUAACUUGGUAACCUAUUGCAUAGUUAAUAUAAAAAUGUCCUUUUUUGUUUAACAGGAUGUUUACUGCACUAAUUGUGACUUAAAAAUGGGAAUUUGAAUUAUUUAAAUCUGUAAUAGUCAAAACCCACUGGAAAUUACAAGAAAAUUAAUCUUAUUCCAUCUUCAAAUAAAAUCAAGAAAUUACUUUCCAUCAUCUGACAGGAAAUUUAAGCAGGUAGAUUUUAAUUCAUGUUCAUAAGUUUUAGACUUGACACUGAAUAUUGAUUUUUAUUCAUUUAACUUAAUUAAAUAUGAUUUGUCAUUCA